AUGUAUAUCCCUUUACCUCUCUCAAUACUCGCCGUGAGAUUCGCUUCUUCUCGACCUAACUCUUCACCCGCUUUGAUCAUUUCAACACCGGACACUCUGACACAAUGUCAACCAGCAACAUUCUCAUGGUCACCCACCACAUCACCAUACUACCUCGCCCUUCUCACAUCUUCCGAUCAUUCUUCUUCCUCCAUAUUAGAAUUAGACGCUCAAGCAUACGUUCCCGUCCCUAGAGAAACAGCCACUUGGGUGGUCGAUGUUGAGGAAGGUACGACAGUGACUGUUUUGGUUCGUGAUGCGACCGGUGAAGUAGCAUUCAGCGAGAUGAGACUUGUGGAACACGGAAAUGGGGAUUGUCUUUUAUAA